AGCUUCAGUCCAACCAGACAAACCCGCAGAGCUGCGGGGAGAGCAUGUAACUCUCCGCUUUGUCAACACAAACCCUGACCAUGUUCCGUGUUUGUGGAGGAGAAGCUUAGAGAAGGAAAACAGCGUCAAAAGCAGAUUUUCCCUCAAAACUCUUUUAAACUAAAGGAACCCGUGGGAAGCUCUGCACGUCUGAGAGAACACCAAGGCAAAGAAAAAGAUGAAGUUUCUCACCAUUGUGAGUUACUACUACACUCAACAGACGUGUAGACGCUCUUGUAAGGCUAUCAAAAGCUGAAAACAGGUCGUUAUUCAAAGUGCAAGUGACCUCGCCAAGCUGCCGCCAUGGCCCUGGUUCAGGCUCUGCCCUUAUCUGCUGAGCCCCACACCGCCAGCCACAGCGGAGCUCGCAGACGACACCAGUCUGGCCCUUCACCCCCCAUCAACCUGCCACCACCCACUCUGGAUCCAAUGGGCUCUGUCAGCAGCCUUGCUGCCACACGUCCCAAUCCCUACCAGGAUCACCGCUCUGCUGUAGAGCUCGGGGGCCGAGUACGACGACCAACGCCGGGGGCUAACCGUUUGGGCUCCGAGUCGCCCAGGGACCCACUGCUGCAUAAUGUACCACCUCCAAAGAAGCAGAGCUCCACAGCUUCCGGCAGAGGGCUGGAGAAGGACAGCGGGAACGGGAACUAUACUUAUAUAAAUGAGGACUAUGUGGGGGACUGGAACGACAACCAUGUUAGACCUCCGAGCCUGGAAACUGAGCUAGAAGAGACAACAGUAGGCCUGGGGAUAAACGGGAAUGUGGGGGGACCUCCUCCGAGACUGAUCCCAGUGUCAGGAAAACUGGAAAAGAACAUGGAGAAGACAGUUUUACGCCCCACUGCCUUCAAACCUGUCAUUCCCAAGAGUCGCUCCGCCAUGCAGUAUCUCUCCCCUCGCCAUGGUGCCAAUGUCCCUGAGGGCCAAAGCAACCUGAACCUGCUCAGUCCUGCCAACAGGGAGGUGUCGCCAUCCUGCUCUGAGAAACGCAGCUCCUACAGUGGAGGGCGGAACGCUAGCAGUGGCAGCAGCCAGUCUUGUUGGUUGUCAGACUCUGGUCGCAACUCUCUCUCCAGCCUGCCACCUUACAACGGUGCCACCUACGGUCUCGCUUCUGCUGAGGUCCCUGCAGGUCACCUGGAGCCCAUAAAGAGUGUUGCAACGGUCGCCCCACACGGACACUCCAACUCUGACAGCGGCCGCUCGUCUUCCAGUAAGAGCACAGGCUCUGGCUCCAUAAGUGGCCGGGGGCAGCUGCUGUCUGACAGCGGCUCUGGUGGACACUCUCCAGGCCUGGUGGAGGGCUAUGAAGGUGUGGUGAAGGACCUGGAAGACAAACUAAGGGAGAGGGAGCUGGAACUGCAGCAACUCAAAGACAACCUGGACGACAAUGAAGCAGCAAUUUGUCAGGUUUAUGAGGAGAAACAGAAACACUUUGAGUUGGAAUUGGAGGAGCUGAGGCAGAGCUGUGCCACCAGGAUGCAGGCCGCGUCUCAGAAGGCUCAGCGAGCUCAACAGGUGCUUCAGCUGCAGGUUUAUCAACUCCAGCAGGAAAAGAAGAAGCUGCAGGAGGACUUUGCUCAGCUUUUAAAGGAGAGGGAGCAGCUAGAGGAGCGCUGCACCUCAUAUGAGCAUGAGAAGAUCCAGCUGGGGCCUCGACUGGAGGAGACAAAGUGGGAGGUAUGUCAGAAGUCGGGCGAGAUCUCCCUGCUGAAGCAGCAGCUGAAGGAGGUGCAGAGUGAGUUGUCCCAGCGUGUGGGGGAGAUCGUCUCGCUGCGCGGUCAGCUCAGAGAAACCCGUGGCGAGCUCACAAACACGCAGGUGCUGCUCCAGGAGGCCCACGGCACGGUCCGCACGCGGACCAUGGAGCUGGAAGUGUGUGAAAACGAGCUUCAGCGUCGAAAGAGCGAGUCUGAACUGCUCAGAGAAAAGGUGGGACGCCUGGAGGGAGAGCUGGCUCAUCUCAGAGACACCCUGGCCAACCAGGGGGCAGGAAACAGACAGUGUCAGAUAUUCCAGGAAGCCGAGGAGCAUCUACUGGCUUAUGAAAGCGACGAGGCAAAGGCCCAGCGACAGAGCGGCGCUGACGCUCUCCAGAACAUGAAGGUACAGAUGGACGGGUUGAAAUCUGAGUUAGCUUUUGAACGCAAGAAGGUGGAACAGCAAGCGGGAGGUUUUGAGGAGGAGCGGCGGAUAUGGCAGGAGGAGAAGUACAAAGUAAUCCGCUACCAAAAGCAACUCCAGGAAAACUACGUGCAGAUGUAUCGCAGGAACAGAGAGCUGGAGCAGAUGCUGCAGGAGCUCAGUCUGGAGCUGGAGAGCAGAGAGGAGGACGAGGGAAGCGGCAACGAGAUCAACUUUGAUGAGAUUGCUGCAACAGAAAUCUGAUUCUCACAAAUGUCCUUUAUUUUUAUUUGCACUACAUUUGACUCACUUCCUUCCCCCGAAGUGAUAUCUUGUGUUCUUCAUGUGAGUAAACACCAGAAGAGCGUCUCCACACUUCCUGUGUGACGAUUGUCGCACUUGAGAAUUGUUAACCUUUAAAUGUCAUUAAGUACAUCGGUUCUAAGCUCCUCCAUCAGUAGCAGUGAUUGCACUGACGAGUCGUCGGUCUUGGUGAUUUUUCACACCUUUAGGCGUUUGUGUGAGUAACUUCAGUUAACCUUUACCACCACUCUGCACCCUUCCUGGUUCUGGCUACAGCAUCCCUGCUGGGUUUAUCGUUGCACUCCCACUCUGUCCACAGUUUCACUGCUACAGUAAAUACCACACAUACAUGGUGUCAUGGUAAGUUAGUCGAUCAGUGUCAGCUUUUAAUGUCAGGCUCUGAAUGGUGAUGGCAGACUU